UCGCUUAAAGUGAGCUGAGCUACGGGGGUUUCCUUGUCUUUGACUGGAGACCAACUAGCAAAGAGGCGGAUGAUAACAGCAUCCUCUGCUGUUAUUCAGCCAUCACACAUCUCAAUGAACUGCUCGCAAAGAAGCCACUGAUCGUGCCUACUGCUUUUUGCAGGGCAGAGAUACUGAUCAGUGUCUAAAAACUGCAUCCCCUUUUUCUUAUGAGACUAUUUUUUCACAGACUUUUUUUAUUUGAUUUCAAGGUCUCUGUAGCCUAUCUCUUUUCACCAUGGUGCUAGGAAAGGUAAAGAGCUUCACAGUAAGCUACGACUGUCUCAAUGACAGCAAUGUCCCCGUUUUCUCCAGCGGGGACUGCGUCUCAGGGAGGGUGAUCAUCGAAGUCACGGGAGAAAUCCGUGUGAAAUCUCUCAAAAUCCACGCAAAAGGAUUUGCAAAAGUUCGUUGGACUGAAUCGAGAAAUGCUGGAUCCAACACUGCCUACACGCAAAACUACACAGAAGAAGUGGAAUAUCUAAAUCACAAAGACAUUUUAAUUGGACACGAGAGAGAGGAUGACAACUCUGAGGAAGGACUCACCACUAUUCAUUCAGGAAGACAUGAGUAUGCAUUCAGCCUCGAGCUUCCACAGACACCUCUGGCUACCUCUUUCGAAGGGAAGCAUGGCAGUGUGCGCUAUUGGGUAAAGGCAGAACUCCACAGGCCAUGGCUCCUGCCCAUGAAGACCAAGAAGGAAUUUACAGUCUUUGAGCACAUUGACAUCAACACUCCAUUAUUACUGUCACCACAGGCCGGCACAAAAGACAAGACGCUUUGCUGUUGGUUCUGCACCUCAGGUCCUAUUUCCCUAAGUGCCAAAAUUGAAAGGAAGGGAUACACCCCAGGAGAGUCGAUCCAGAUCUUUGCAGAGAUUGAGAACUGCUCAUCCCGCAUGGUGGUGCCGAAGGCCGCCAUCUACCAGACCCAGACCUUCUAUGCCAAAGGGAAGAUGAAGGAGGUCAAGCAGCUGGUGGCCAACCUGCGGGGAGAGUCUCUGUCCUCGGGCAAAACAGAGACCUGGAGCGGCAAGAUGUUGAAGAUCCCACCUGUCUCACCCUCCAUCCUGGACUGCAGCAUUAUCAGAGUGGAGUACUCCCUCAUGGUAUACGUGGACAUACCUGGGGCAAUAAACCUGUCUCUGAACCUGCCCCUGGUCAUCGGAACCAUCCCUCUCCACCCCUUCGGCUCCCGUACCUCCAGCGUCAGCAGCCAGUGCAGCAUGAGCUGGCUGGGCUUGGGUCUGCCUGAGAGGCCUGAAGCUCCUCCAAACUAUGCAGAAAUUGUGACAGAAGAGCAGAGACAGAGCAGUCUGGAUGUCCCUGCAGCCCGUGAGGAGCUGGACGGAUCUCUCUUCGCCUACAUUCACGAGUUUCGCUUCCAGCCUCCUCCACUGUACUCUGAGAUUGAUCCUAACCCACAUCAUGCCAGCCGUACAGAGGAGCGCAGGCUCGACGCCUGUCCAUCACGCUGAAGGCUAUUGCUGAAAUUCCCCUGACUCUGGGAACUCAAAGGAACCUGCUUGCAAGGCUCAGCUUUGUUUAUUUUUCUCCAACAACAACGUUCACACAACGCUGUUGACGUCAAGAGAAAAACAAAGUAUCCAACCAACCAACCAACCAACUACCCAACAAAGACUUGGACAAAUACCCCCAGUUGAGUUGGGUUGGACAAAUCUGUUCCUGCCUUCCCUCAGCGAGAGAAACAGGAGUCACUAGUUUGGGGUAUCACUUCCUUCCUGUGUCAGCCUGCUGAGGGUGGGAUAUGUACAGAUUAACACAUAUUCAGUCUGUAUGAAAAACCCCACUAGUAGUAAGAGCCCUGGUGAUAGUAUUGAUAACGAAAGGAAGAAUGAGCAAGGCUCGACUUGCCAAGCUCCUCUUUAACCUUUGAUUCUUCUGUACUCAUGGCACAUAAGGACAUGGCUCCUCACACAAAGGGCAGGACUAAUCAUGUCCAGACUUCAGCAGAAUCACCUAAAGAAAACGGGAUGAAGAGAGAAAAACAACAACAACAACAACAACGUUCUAACCACCAUAGUCUGUAUGAAUGAAAGCAUUCAGCGCUCAACAACAGAGCAAAGACUAGGUCCUCCUGUCUCAUUUGGGAUUUUGUUUUGCACAUUUUAUUCUUUACUUGAGUUGUAUGGCUCUGUUUAAUGAGAAUUGAAAAAAAAAAACAUCACUAAUAGUUUGGUUUCAGUCUUGUAAUGCGCCAGACUAAGAAUAUGAGACUGCAGGCUUAACUUGUAAGACUUUCAACUGCAUAACUUUGAGCAGCAGGAUUUGAUUUUGGAAAAAAAGACUGAAAAGGACAAGAACAAUGCACUGAAUUUGUUUAAGCUGUUUAAGAAUUUUCUUUUUCUCCUAAUGACAUUUCCUCAGUGACUUCUAACAACUAGACUGGACUUUUACAACAGCUGCAGCACACUAUCUCCAAAUGGAAGCUCUUUAAGAUGUUGCCUCAGCUUGGAUCCAAGUGUGGCUUCCCUCCUCUUUUAGUCUAGUUCUGUUAUUCAGUUUUUGUAAUUAGCGCCAAUCAUAGAAUAGCUUUUAGCCUUUUUUGUGUUGAGGUUGCUCUGGAUUUGGACUAGGAGGGUUGCAGACCUGCAUUUACCGCUCAAUUGUAGCUGAAGAGAAAAGUGUGUGUGUGUGUGUGUGCGCGUGCGAAACAGAGGGUGAUACAUUGUGGAGGGACUCGCCUCACCCUAAUUGCUUGCAGCCCCUCUACUCCUAAUCUCAGGGCAAACCAGGCUUGCAUUACUGCCCAAAAAGCACUGUCUCAGGUGGUCUUCUCACUUGCCAAACGGUUGGGGGGAAAAAAGAGAAAAAAUGUUAUAGGUUUUCUUUUAAAUUGCACUGUUAAAAAUAAUGAGUUUUUUUAACUUCCAGAAUGAGAGAAUAGACCUGCAGAGAAGCAAGCCAGCUUUCUGAGAUUAAUCACAUUCCCUUUUUGUCCUGCUGCACUUGCCCAGUUCAUCCAACCAACAGUUAGAUUUUACCAGACCAGUGAAGCCAGAAUGCUACUUAUUUAAAAAAAAAAAAAAAAAAAAAAAAAAAGAAGAAGAAGAAAAAAAAAAGGCUGUGUCUGACACUGCUUCUGCAUUGAAGGAGCAAACCCAAACCCUGAAAAGCUGGGGACAUUGCUAAACCUCUGUUGAGACUGGUCAGAACAAGUAGUAGUAGGUUGACAUGAGUAAUACAUUGGUUUUCUAACUCAUUCAACACAAAAGACCUGCAUCAGAGGUUUGACAUAGUCUGGAAAAAAGAAAAGCAACACCUUUUUUGAUAGGAAAAUAAAGAAAAAGAAGCAUUCAAUGGUGAAGGUCUGGAGAAAAACCAUUUGAUACUAACCAUGUUAUACUAGAGGAUUUUUCAGUAACGCAGUGUUGUGUAGGGCAUUUUUUUUUUUUAAAGAUUUGUGACUUUUUUUUUUUAAAGUUUUAAACUUUAAACGUAGCUGAAACGUGUGUGUGUGUGUGUGUGCAUCGAGAUCCAGCUGACAACUAAAUAUACAGCUUCUGACGGUAAAGUGAUCUUAUCAUAGCGGCCUUGACACAGAAAAGACCUGAUCAUGAUUCUUCAUUUUUCAGUGUCUGUUAACUCUUGUUCUCCUUUUGUUAUGUUUGUACACAUCUGUAUGUUUUCGACCUUUCCAAGUUUAUUCAAAAGGACAAAAAGGGAAGAGGGGAAAAGUCCUUUUUAUAAGCAGUUGUUUUAAAAAAUGACAUCCUGGACAGGCCUCUCCAUUGUGUUAUUUUUCUGAAGCUGAUGAAGGUUGACUUUUUUUUUUUUUUUUUUUUUUUCCAUGUAUUUCUGGGCAUUGAUAUAGUUGGCUUCCUAAUUUAAAGCAACCUUUUCUGAGUUAGUUUCCCUGACCUCUCUGAUCCCCCUCAGGCCUGGGGGUGGCAGCUGUUGAUCAGCACCCCCCCCCCCUCUGAGAAACAUUUAGGUAACAUGGGAUAGCAGACAAACCGCUUCUUCCACAGUAAACUCAUGUUCUAUUUGUUUGCAGUUUUUAUCUUAGGGAAACUGGUAAUGAAUAAGCUCACAUAUUCGUUUCAGGUCAAUUCCAUAGUCCAUUUGCUUGGUCCUCAGAGUAGUCCAGUGUCAAAACUAAGCUAAACUCCUGACCUAAUAAAGGCAGGAACUGAAAUGUUCAGAGAAAAAGAACCUGGGAGACGGGAUCUGAAACAUUUUAGAAACAAAGUGCAAUAUCACUCACUGAAUUUUCUUCAUUCUCCAUUUGUAUGUUUGUUUUUAUCUUUUUUUUGGUCUGUUAAUCAUGACGGUUUAGAUAUUCCAUGAAUAUACUAUGUUCUGAAUGAUUUAACCUUUUGUCUAGUUCUUCCUUUUGAUUUGAAUAAACGUUUUGUUCUAAAUUA